AUGCGCCCAUUGCUUCGUUUUUUGUAUAUCGGCUUCGCUGUCGCAGAGAACGGGUUGGACGGGUGGCUGCGGUAUGCCGCGCUGCCAAGCGACAUUCAAAAGAGCCAUGCAACCCCCUCGACCAUUGUGGUUCUGAACAGCUCUGAGACAAGUCCCGUAUACACAGCCGGGAAAGAAUUGCAAAAGGGUAUUCAUGGGAUUCUCGGCCAUGAAUUGGAGGUCACCGGUACAACGAACAAUACCAACGCCAGCAUUCUUGUCGGCACUACCGAGUCGUUCUCCUCGGUCGGUGGAAAUACGACCGAGGUACCCCAUCUCAAAGACGAUGGGUUCUGGCUUAGCAUAGAGAACGCCAACGUCUACAUCCUCGGCCAAAACGAGCGCGGCGCUCUGUACGGCACCUUCGAGUAUCUCUCCAUGUUAGCCCAGCGCAAUUUCUCCCAAGUGGCCUACGCCACCAGCCCGAGCGCCCCGAUCCGGUGGGUAAACGAAUGGGACAACUUGGACGGCAGUAUAGAGCGAGGCUUCGCGGGCCCAUCCAUCUUCUUCCAGAAUGGAGGCGUUGUGGAUGACCUGGCCCGAGUCUCGCAGUAUGCCCGACUCCUGGCUUCGAUUCGCGUAAACGGCAUCAUCGUGAACAAUGUCAACGCUAACUUCAACCUGCUCAACGCGUCUAACAUGGCGGGUCUAGGCCGCGUCGCCAAUGCCAUGCGGCCGUAUGGAGUGUGCAUCGGCAUCUCACUUAAUUUCGACUCGCCGCGGAACCUGAGCAGUCUGAUGACAACGGACGAGUUAUAUGAGCACGUACCCGAUCUAGCUGGGUUCCUCGUCAAAGCCAACUCGGAGGACCAGCCCGGACCGCUUACGUACAACCGCACUCUAGCAGAUGGGGCUAACCUCUUUGCCCGUGCCUUGAAACCCCAUGGGAAUGGCAUCGUUAUGUUGUUCCGUGCGUUUGUGUACGACCACCAUCUCAACGAGUCGAAUUGGAAGAAUGACCGGGCGAAUCAUGCUGUUGACUUCUUUGGGCAUCUUGACGGCCAGUUCGACGAUAACGUGUUUAUUCAGAUCAAAUACGGGCCUAUCGACUUUCAAGUUCGGGAACCGCCCUCACCGCUGUUCGCCAAUUUGCUCGGGACGAAUACGGCGAUCGAGUUGCAGGUAACGCAGGAGUAUCUGGGACAGCAGAGCCACCUUGUUUACUUGCCGCCGCUGUGGAAGACUAUCCUCGAUUACGAUCUUCGCAUCGAUGGGGAGCCGUCCGUCAUGCGUGAUAUUUUGUCAGGGGGGCGACUGAAUAGAUCGCUGAGUGGCUAUGCAGCUGUUGUUAAUGUUGGCACUAAUACCACUUGGCUCGGCAGUCAUCUGGCCAUGUCCAAUUUGUAUGCAUACGGUCGCCUUGCUUGGAAUCCGUCGGACGACGAGGUAGCUGUAUUGCAAGACUGGACACGACUCACCUUUGGCGCUGGCAAGACCAUCGUCGACACCAUAACAAUGGAGUCCUGGCCAGCAUAUGAGAACUACACCGGUAAUCUCGGUAUUCAGACCUUAACGGACAUCUUGUAUACUCAUUUCGGGCCAAAUCCAGCAUCGCAAGAUGACAACAGCUGGGGCCAGUGGACUCGCGCCGAUGCAGAUACGAUUGGUAUGGACCGGACGGUAUCAAACGGCACCGGAUUCUUCAGCCAGUAUCCCGCCCAGGUCACCGCCAUGUAUGAAGAUAUCAACACGACCCCCAACGAGCUGCUAUUGUGGUUCCACCAUGUGCCAUAUACGCAACAGUUGAAAUCCGGUAAAACCGUCAUCCAACAUUUCUACGAUGCCCACUACGCCGGAGCGGCGACGGCCCAGAUGUUUCCCACGCAAUGGGCAGCGUUGGAAGGCCUGGUUGACCACGAGAGGUUCGAAGAGGUCAUGUUUCGCUUGGAGUAUCAGGCAGGCCGUGCCAUUGUCUGGCGCGAUGCCAUCAAUGAGUUCUAUUGGAGCAAAUCGGGCAUCGAAGACGGGGCAGGUCGAGUGGGCAAGCAUCCGUGGCGUGUCAAGGCGGAGAAAAUGAAGAUGAGCGGGUAUAAGGCUGUGCCUGUGACGCCCUUUGAAACGGCCUCGGGUCGCACUGCCAUCGUGACGACAUCCAGCGAUGCAGCGGGGACGGUGGAGGUCGAGCUUGGUUAUCCUUCUGGCACGUACGACAUCGCGGUUAAUUACUACGACAUCAUCGGCGGCCGAUCUAGGUAUGAGCUUCUGCUCGCGAAUAACACGAUCGGGCGAUGGGAGGGUGAUCUUGAGGACAUACUGGGGCAUACGUUUUCGUCGUUUCUUGAUGGGCAUGCGGCAACAAGGGUGAGCUUCAGGGACGUAAAUAUAAUUAAGGGUGACAUCCUGAAGAUUGUCGGACAGCCUGAUGGCUUCGAGUUGGCACCGCUGGAUUACGUUGCUGUGCUACCGCAGGGUGUCAUUGACUAG